AUGAGUAGCGGAUUACGCGGUCUUGCCCCAGCUGCCGUCGCGAUCGCAGUGGGCGUUUUCACCGGUUACUAUACCUUUCAACCGGCAUUCAAACAAUUAGACGCUGAAAGGAGAACAAAAUCCCAGUCAGUUUGCUCCCUUGUCCUUCCUCGCUCUUCGCAUCGUUCCUGUCUUGCGCUUCUCUCCCAGCUAGAAGACGCACAACCGUCUACUGAGAACAAGAAGAGCGAAUUGCCACCAAACACGAAACCGUAUACUUCUGCCUGGAACGCUCCUCCGCCUCUCCCGCCGCCUGUCUCGGCAGAGACACCUGAAGAUGCUGCGCAGCCAUCUUCUCAGCGCCCAUCAUGGACGCAGUGGCUCUGGUCGUUUGGCAGGUCAUCCGGCACGACGCCAGCAUCUGCCGGUGAGGACAGGCAUCUAGUCCAGAAUGUUGAGAAGAAGAGCAGCGAGGGGCAAAAGAAAGAGCAGCAAUAA